AUGGAUUACUACAACAUCCCUGCUGUCGCGCCGCCGGCGGGCCAAGUGUCGAAUUUCGUGAACCCGCCGUCGCAGCGGACGGCGAUUAUCGUGCUGCAGUCGAUCUUUCUGUUUCUGGCGCUGUUGGCGGUAUCGGCGCGGGUCUGGGUGCGGACGUGUCUGAUCAAGAUGUGGGGGGCUGAAGACACGACGUGCAUUCUCGCGAUAGUCCUCGACGCUGGCGGCAUCACCUUCCCAUGGACCGUGUGCUUCGCCAAAAUCUCCAUCCUGCUCCUCUAUAAGCGCAUCUUCCCGCUCCGCCGCGAAAUCGUGGCCGUCUGGAUCGGCAUCGUGGCCGAUGCGGUGCUGUACACCCUCUGCAUCGCCGUCGCCAUCGGCAGUCUGGUGAAAUGCGCGAAGCUCUCGCAGCUGGACGCUCCGUACUGCAAGUUCACCUCGGACACGAUGAUCACCAUCCAGUCGGUCAUCAACGUGGUGACGGACUUUUACGUGCUACUGCUGCCGAUCCCGCGACUGGUCAAGCUGCAAGUGAGUCGACGGCGACGGAUUGGGCUGUUCGUGACGUUUAUGAGUGGAUUGGGGGCUUGCGCCACCAGUUUGGCCCGAUUGAUCAAUUUCCAGAUCAACGAUAAUUCGGAUGUGUUUUGGGUGACGGGGCGGAAUGCCCAGUUUACGAUUGUCGAGAUGAAUAUCGCCAUUAUUGUCGCUUGCGCUACCUCCUUCCCCAUGUGCUUUGCUCGGCUACGCUCCAUCGGCUCCUCCUUCUUUACUUCCCUGCAGAGCGGGAGUCGCGAGGCCCCCAAGUACUAUCCCGUCCUCAUCACCGGCGGCAACGGCUUCAUUGCCUACCACAUCAUCGCCAAACUCCUCGCCGAAGACCCCAACACGAUCAUCCACAGCCUCGACGUCACCACCACGCGCAACCGCCAUGCCGCCCCCAGCGUGCACUACCACGAAGGCGACCUCUCGUGCGCCGCCGACGUGCAGCGCAUCAUGCAGCUGGCGAGACCCAAAACCAUCUUCCACACCGCCUCGCCCGAGUUCUCCGACGCGCCGGAGAGCGCCUACCGGGGAAUUAUCGUCGAAGGGGCGCACCACCUCCUGGCGGCCGCGCGCGACGUGGGCACCGUCCAGGCGCUGGUGAACACCUCGACCUCGGGGGUGAUCAACGACAACCACACUGAUCUGAUCGACGCGACCGAGGAGCUGCCCAUCCUACGGCCGCCCGUGCAGCAGCGCCUGUAUUGCAUUGCAAAGGCGGAUGCGGAGGAUGCGAUCCAAGCGGCGAAUCGCACCCGCCUCCUCAAUCAUCAUAAUAAUCAGAAUGAUGAUACUAAGGAGCAGGAGGUGCAGCCAGACGAUCACGGGAUCCUGACGUGUGCCAUCCGUCCCAGCCUCGCCUUCGGGGAACGCGAUAUCGGCACCCUCGGCAAGAUGUUCGCCGUGGCGCGCCAGGGUAAAUUGCGCUUCCAGAUGGGCAACGGACGCAACCCCUACGAUUUCGUGUACGUGGGCAACCUGGCCGAUGCCCAUCUGCUGGCCGCGCAUGCCCUGGUCGAGGCGUGGGGAAAACCCGCGCCCCCGCCGGAGAGUCGCGUCGAUGGGGAGUGCUUCCACAUCACGAACGAGGAUCCCUGGUUGUUCUGGGAUUUCCAGCGCGAGGUCUCCCGUCUCGCCGGCAAGCCCGUCCGGCCCGAGGAGGUGAUCGUGAUUCCCAAGUGGGUGGGGUUGACGAUCGGCUGGUUCAAUGAGUGGGUGGCGUGGAUUGUCUCCGGGGGCACCAGGAAGGCCAAUAUGACGCGCGAGGGGAUCCGGUUCAGUACCCUGACGCGCACGUUGAACGGGGCGAAGGCGCGCAGGGUGCUGGGGUAUCGGCCGCAGGUUGGGGUGCAGGAGGGGCUGGAGCGGAGUGUGCGGUGGUUCAUGGAGAAUGAGAAGCAGGAGGAGAAGGAGGCAUAAUUUGGUGUUUUGUCUGUGAGGGGGGAUGGUUGGCUUCGUGCAGUGGUUGUGUGGUCGUGUGUCUAGCACCUAAAACAGAGAUGUAGUUACUUGCGUUAUGGUUAAUGGGUUGAACAGAUCAAUUUCACGGUUUGCCCUUCCUAGGGUUACUUUUCAUUCAAUGUAGCUAUAGCUAUAGCUAGACAAGUAUCAGGUGGAUGAUGGACGGAUG